AUCUUGUUGCAAAGCCCUUUCUUGUCGGCGGGACUCCCGGGGGCCGCGGGGCGGGAGGCAUCGGAAGGGACGAAGAGAGGGAGGGGAAGAAGAGAGGCAGUGCCGCCUUUUUUUUUUUGCAUCACAUUUUUUUUUAAAUUGCAAAUUUAUGUUUUGCAAAUAUUUUGGGAGACAUUGAUUUUUCUCCCUGUGCUCCCCCGUUCUUCCCUGUGGAGUGCGCUGCUCUGCCCAGCCCUGUCGCCCCCCGGAGGUGAUCCCUCCCUCCUGCCUGCCCGCCAGCCUGACCUGUGCCCGACUUGCGGGCCGCAGCCUCGGCCCCGGCGCGCCCCCGGCAGCUCUCGGCGCGAUGAGCAUAGAGACGCUACUGGAGGCGGCCCGCUUCCUGGAAUGGCAAGCGCAGCAACAACAGAGAGCACGUGAGGAGCAGGAGCGGCUUCGCUUGGAGCGGGAGCGGGAGCAGGAGCAGAAGAAGGCCAGUAGCCUGGCCAGAUUGGCACAUGCCCUGCCUGUGGAGGAGGCCCGCAUUGAGGCACCAUCCCUGCCUCUGUCCCCGCUGGGACCCCCACCGGCACCCCCACCACCGCUUGCCACCCCCACCCCACUGACUGUCAUUCCUAUUCCUGUAGUGACCAACUCUCCUCAACCCCUGCCCCCACCCCCACCACUGCCCCCUGCAGCCCAGCCUCUGCCCCUGGCCCCUCGGCAGCCAGCCCUGGUCAGCACCCCUGGACUCAGCAUUAAGGAGCCUGCCCCUCUGCCCACCAGGCCACAGGUGCCCACCCCAGCUCCCCUCCUGCCGGAUUCAAAGACCACCAUUCCACCCACUGGCAGCCCCAAGCCUUUGCAGCCCCUCCCCACACCCAUCCUGACCAUAGCACCACACCCUGGAGUCCAGCCUCAGCUGGCCCCCCAGCAGCCACCCCCACCCACGCUUGGGACCCUGAAGUUGGCACCAGCUGAAGAAGUCAAAUCCAGUGAACAGAAGAAGAGGCCUGGGGGGAUCGGAACCAGAGAAGUCCACAACAAACUGGAAAAGAACAGGAGGGCCCAUCUGAAGGAAUGCUUUGAGACCCUGAAGCGUAACAUCCCCAACGUGGAUGACAAGAAGACAUCGAAUUUGAGCGUGCUGCGGACCGCGCUGCGGUACAUCCAGUCCCUAAAGAGGAAGGAGAAGGAAUAUGAGCAUGAGAUGGAGCGGCUGGCUCGGGAGAAGAUAGCCACACAGCAGCGGCUGGCAGAGCUCAAGCAUGAGCUAAGCCAGUGGAUGGACGUCCUCGAGAUUGAUCGCGUGCUCCGGCAGACAGGCCAACCUGAGGAUGACCAGGCCUCCACCUCAACUGCCUCUGAGGGUGAGGACAACAUAGACGAGGAUAUGGAGGAGGACCGGGCAGGCCUAGGCCCACCUAAGCUGAGCCAUCGUCCUCAACCGGAGCUGCUGAAGUCUACCCUGCCACCCCCCAGCACCGCCCCUGUGCCUCUGCCUCCACACCCACACCCACACCCAGUGGCCCUGUCUCCUGCUCACCUCCCUGUGCAGCAGCAGCCGCCACAGCAGAAGACCCCUUUGCCAGCUCCUCCUCCCCCACCAGCUGCCCCUGCCCAGACGCUAGUGCCAGCUCCAGCCCAUUUGGUGGCUACGGCUGGGGGUGGCUCUACAGUCAUUGCCCACACAGCCACCACCCAUGCCUCAGUCAUCCAGACUGUGAACCACGUUCUGCAGGGGCCGGGUGGCAAGCACAUCGCCCACAUUGCCCCCUCGGCCCCCAGCCCUGCUGUGCAGCUGGCACCUGCCACGCCCCCCAUUGGCCACAUCACAGUGCACCCUGCCACCCUCAACCAUGUGGCCCACCUAGGCUCCCAGCUGCCUUUGUACCCACAGCCUGUGGCAGUGAGCCAGCCUGUGGCGGUGAGCCACAUUGCCCAUACCCUCUCGCACCAGCAAGUAAAUGGCACAGCCGGGCUGGGGCCGCCAGCCACUGUCAUGGCAAAGCCAGCUGUGGGGGCUCAGGUGGUCCACCACCCCCAGCUGGUAGGCCAGACAGUGCUCAACCCUGUGACCAUGGUCACCAUGCCCUCCUUCCCAGUCAGCACACUCAAGCUGGCUUGAGGAUGAGGCCACUCAGAGGCCCCCAGUUGGGGCAGGGAGGGGGACCUGUACCCCACUGUCCCACCCACCAGCUCCACACAUUCCAGCCAGGCCCAGGCCCACCCCCCCCAUACCCACCCCCAGGCCUCCUAGGGGAAGGGGGUGUAGAGACUCUGAGCCAGGGGAGGGAGGGGCCACCCCAGGGAGUUGGGCACAGGGCUGGGGGUUACCUGCUGCACUAGGACUUGAUAAAAUGACUGAUGAGAGAUACUCUGAACGUGCUGCCUGUCUGGCCUGGUGCCAGCUCCAGUGCUGUUCCUGCUUCCCCACCCUGUCCCCUGAAAUCAGCGCGAUGUGGAUGUUGUGUUCUCCGAAUUCUCCCUUCCCUGCCCACCUUCCCAUUCUGCUGCUGCUGCUGCUGCUGCUGCUAUUGCUAUUGCUGUCUGGUGAGGUAGCCAAGCGUCCUAGGCCUCCCCCCGGAUUUUCAGUGUUCUCUUUCCAGGCCUUUGGAGGGAAAAUAGCAUAGGCAGAACUGAAGCCACUUGGCCCAGAAAGCUUGGGACAAGACUGGUGGGGGCCUUCCCCUGAGCACAGAUGACAAAUCCUAGGAAGAGGCUGGUCUGGAGCCCUACCCAGACAGGUGAGUGCCCUAGCCUGGGGCUCUCUGAUGCAUUUGCAGUCUCUGUGAUUCCUUACAGUAGAAAGUCUUUUUAAUGAUUCUCUACCAACAAUAAACCAAACCCAGGCUGUUACCAAGCUUCCUGAGCACUCCCAUCCAGCCCCUGCGCUCUUGACCUCAGGAAGGCAGGCUGGGGGUAGGGAAGGAGGGGCUUGGUUCUGCCCCUGACUCCUGCAGCCUGGGUCUGGACAUUUGUUCCUGUCUUUGGGCUUGGCUCUUCAUUUCAAGAAGGCAGCAAGGAGAGGUGCUUUGCUCACUCCCCUGCUUCCUUCCUUCUGCUUGGUGCUGUGCAUUGCCCCAGGGAGUGGGGGCCCCUUGCAGCUUGGGAACCUGUGGACCAGCAUCUGGUCUUGGUUCCAGGAGCCUUAGAAGCUACAUUGCUGAGUCCUCAGGAAGUUAAAUCCUUCCCCAAACAAGCCCUGGGGACAUGCAUAAAAAGUGGGGCUAGGGCUGGGCCUUCAGUAACUGUGGAGGAGAGCUGCUCCUGCUCCAGACUCUUCUGCCUGUCAUCUCUGUUCCUGAAUGUCCCCUUCUCUGGACGGACAGUUUUCAGAGUGCCCUCCCCGAGGUACUGCUGUGUACUACUACCUUUCUCUGAGAAAAGUCCUUAGUUGGGCCAAGGAUUGGGCUUAGCCUGGGAUGGAGAGUAAUAGGGAUCCAGUGUUGGGGAUGCUGCCCUCCCUGCCUCUGCCUUGGCAGGCUGCUUUGGCUUCUCUUUGUAUGUGGUGUUUAUUGUAAGUGGCCUUGUGUCAAACACAGUUACAUGCACAUGUGGCUCCCCACCUGGACACACACCAGUGGGCUUUCAGUGUGGGAGGAGUGACCCUAGGUGUGAAGUUUGCAUUGACAAGUGGGGCAGGGUUCUGGACAGGCAAGGGGCCAGAGGGGAGAGUUCAGGAUUCUCUGGAAUGCCCUGGCAGGCACAGAGGAGCCAGCAUAGAUCUUGAAUAUUCUCCCAUUCAAUUCCAACCUGGUCCUGGAGACCACCAGGGGACUUUCUUAUUCUUGUCUGUCUGUACUGGGGGUGGAAAAGGGGCAGCUAGGAACCAGGUUUCUACCCUCAGAGGGCCAGAAGAGGGAGCCCCACAGCCCUGCACAGCAUCCCUCUUUGAGCUUGCUGCCUUCCUGCAGCUGCAGCCACCUACACCUAACACCCUGGCUCUUUGGGAGCCAGUUUUGUUCCCAUUUGACAACAAUAGAAAGAGCAGGAGAGUCCAGGGCAGGCCUGACACACCAGGACAGUCAGAGCAGCUUUGGCAACCUUGCCCCUCCCUCAGUCUGUCCACCUCUCCCUGCAUCCUGAGGCCAGUCGCCCCUGGGGCCUGCACAGAUACCUCAUCAUCUACUCACCGCCCCCAGCAGUGGGGCCUCCAAAUCUAGUGCCGAAUGACUAUGUCCAGAUUGGUGACGAUGGGUGUUGCUGUUGUUUUUGUUGUUUGUGAACGCUGUGAUGCUGUGUGCCCAAGUGGGCAGCCACCACCCAGCCCUUCUUUGGGCAUCUCCCUCACCCCACCCCUCACCCAGAGCUGUCAGGACUACAUCUGUCCUCACCCUGUGGGACCGCCUGCCCCUUCCCUCCCUAGCCCUUCCAGCCUGGGACACACACACACUUCUUACCUCUCAUGCGUGUUUGACCUUUUGAUGUUCAGAGUGACUCACUGGCUGGGAGUCUUUACCUCGGGGAGAGGGGGUCGUUGGUUCCUUGGGGGAGCCAAAGAAGGGCAGGGAACGCCUGGAGGGUAAUUGGGGGAUCAUCCUAACCCCUGCUCUCCCUGCUCUCUCCAGGAACAGCUUCUCCCCCCAUCCCAGGGUCCCACCCCCAACCCCCAAAGAGGUGGCCCUUGUUUACAGUGAGGACUCAGUCACUGUGUCUCUGUUUCCUGAAAUAUAAACUGUAGCGACCCCAGACUGUAGAGAUUUUUAUGUGUUUGGAUACAUCUGCUGUGUGGGAAAAAAAAAAGUUCAAAAACCCUAAUUUUGUACAUAUUGUAUUUUUACUAUUGAACUGUAUUCUAGUGGCUGUUCAUGUUCCAAGACUUUAGAUAUUGAGACAUGAAUACUAUCUAUGUAAUAAGCACUUGCCUGGAAUAAAAUAUAAACUGAAAUAAACCUGCACUGAAACCUGA